GUUAUCACUGGGACUGCGACGUCCAACAAGAGACGGGAACCGUUUUGUGCGCAGCGCGCACCCCGGAGAAGAACAAAGUUACCUACAAACACCAACUUUACAUCUGCUUUUCACCGGCAUUUUGACCCGCCGUGGGAACUUACGGCCACCGUUGUCCAUUGAUCUUGGCCCGAGCGAUCAAUACGGCGCUUAUAUAUUGAGGGACGGGUACCCUUUCCGCGCAGCGCACCCCUGGAAGUCCAAGGAACGAAGUUGUCGGCUAGAGCAUCCGUAUAACGACCAUGGCCGACUUAUCGCACACCCAGACCCACGAUGCCAUGCUCAAGAACGCCGCGCAUCUUUCCGAAGACGCUGCACUGGACGACGAAGAGCUAGGCAUCUCGUCGUCUUCGCGACGAGUCGACUUUGGAAGAGAUAGGACUACCGGCGGCGUUGAACAUGGCGGAGACGGAGAUGAGGCACGUGAGCAGCGACCAAAACACAAGAAGAGAAGAUUCGGGCUAGGCAAGAAGAAAGAGAGUUACAGCCAUACGCACUACAAGGUGUACAAGAGAAGGUGGAUUGGCUUGGGACAGUUGGUGUUGUUGAACAUCGUCGUUAGUUGGGAUUGGCUGACCUUUGCCCCUAUAUCCACCACAUCUUCCCAAUACUUCAACGUCCUCGAAAGUACCAUCAACUGGCUCAGCACAGCCUUCCUCUUCGCCUUUGCCGUAUCCACCCCACUAACAAUCUACCUCCUGCACAGGGGCCCUAAACCCUCCAUCAUUGCCGCCUCCAUCUUACUCUUGGCAGGGAACUGGAUCCGGUAUGCGGGGACCAAGACUAACGUAUUCAGCGCGGUCAUGGUGGGUCAGAUAUUGACAGGGCUGGCGCAGCCUUUUGUGCUAGCGGCGCCGACGCGGUAUAGCGAUAUGUGGUUUACGGAGGGAGGAAGGGUGGGGGCUACAGCGUUGGCGAGUUUGGCAAAUCCGUUUGGGGCAGCGCUUGCGUCGUUGAUCAACCCAUUCCUGGGCGAUGUACCAACUACAGUGUUGAUUGUAUCAUGUAUAGCAACCGCAGCAUGUAUUCCGUCAUUCUUCAUACCCGCCUCUCCCCCCUCACCACCCAGCGCCUCGUCCGCCAUAAGCAAAACCCCCAUCUCCACCUCCCUCAGGACAAUGCUACGCACACCGUCCUUCUACCUCGUCUUCUUCACCUUUGGCAUCUACACCGGUUUCUUCAACGCCUUCACCUCUCUCCUCAACCAAAUCCUGUACCCAUACGGCUACACCGAGGACGAAGCCGGCAUCUGCGGCGCCGUCCUCAUCGUCGUCGGCCUCGUCGCAUGUGCCAUCACCUCGCCCAUCGCCGACAAAACGCACGCCUACCUCCUCGGCAUAAAGAUCCUAUGCCCCAUCCUAUCAGCCGCGUAUCUAGCCAUGAUCUGGGCGCCGCAGACGCGCAGCAUUGCAGCGCCGUAUGUGCUCAGUGCGGUGCUGGGCGCGUGUUCGUUCAGCCUGCUGCCCAUUGCUUUGGAGUAUCUGGUCGAGAUUAGCUUUCCGGCCUCGCCAGAGGUGUCGAGCACGAUCUGCUGGGUUGGCGGGCAGGUCUUUGGUGGUAUCUUCAUCGUCGUUAUGAAUGAGCUUAAAGACGGUCGGCCGGUGGAUCUGGAACAAGUGCAGAAGGCGGGUAGGGGCCAGGCGGCUAAGGGAGGGGAUAGACCGCCUGGUCAUAUGUUCUGGGCGUUGGUUUUCCAGGCCGUGGUCUGUGCAUUGGUGUUGCCGUUGCCGCUUAUGUUGGGGGUGGAGCGACUGGGGUUCGCUAGUAGAGAGGGGAGAUUGAAAAAGGAUGUCGAUGGCGAUAGUGUUGUUGUUGGUGGUGCUGGAGAGAGGGGUGAUGUCGAAGUAAAUGGUGGGGUUCCGGGAGCGGAGCGAUGACUACUUGAGGAUAUGGAUUCUGGUGAGGAUUACGAGAAUGACGAUGACGACAACGACUAUGAUGAGGGAUACUCGUCGUAGGCUAGGAUUUUCCUUUGGUCUGGGCUGUUUGGGAGGGACUGGUUUUUUCCUUGGCUCUGUCUUUGUCAUGUACGUAAUGGGAUCCAUGUCCGCAUAUGACCAACACGCUUUGUUAC